UUUAUAUAUCGUAUAAUUUAUUAAAAUAAUUUUAAAAAAAGAACCGCAUCUAUAUCACGCUUCUUAACAAGGGACUCACGAUUCUCCGAUAGAAUUUACAAUUCUGAAUCGUAUGUAUGUUUCAACGCGAGAUGGGAUAUAAGCAAGACGCAUGUACAAUGCAUACGCGAAUCGUCCUUGAGCCGAAACAAAUAGGUGACAAAAGGUAAAGGACCCUCGAUCACGUGGCGUAGCGAUUAUGCGUAUCCCCGAUUGUCCGGCGGCUAUAACAUGUGGGUGUUUCGCAGGGUGUUCAUACUUUAUUUAAAAUCGACUCGACCUUUGUCGAGGGCGAAUCCCACUGAGUUCGUCCCCGACUUACGAACUCGUACUAAAGACCCAGAUUACAUUGCGGCCACGACGGAUUACGUUGCGCCUGCAAUAACGAUCGCGGGCCGAUCGUGCCCCUUGACACUGGCGACCGGUGGUCACAGAGGAAUUCCGUAAUUUCUAUCAAAGCCAAUCGAUUUCUAAUAUAUAUUAUAGCAGUUCGCUUGCGGAGAAACUUGGCCGUGGUGAUCUGUCAAUAUUUGCGAGUGCCGACACGAGUCCGGAGCACGGGGGCCUUUAUGUCGUUGCAACAUUUCGCAACGAGCGUAGAUUGAUUUCACCCGCAUACGUGGCUCUUUACGUAGCGUUAAUUAUUUAUGAGACACACCGCCGUCGUACUUAGUCGAAGGUGCGAGACGUCCACGCCAGAUUUAGCAGUUGCGAAAAUCGGAAUUGCACGGACGACCUUUUAUCACGAAUCAGCUCGGGCCAAUGAAAUUUCGAAGGAUCUAAAUGGAAUGAGUCGUGGAUAUCGAUCAAGCGAUUCCCAGAAGCGAAAAUGUGACCGGCAAAGAUUGUCGCGUGAAUCUAUGGGAAUUGCGAUGACGAGAAAAUACUUUCGAUUGAACGAAAGAAUCGAUGUCGUCUUCCACGUGAGAUCUACAAAGACGAAAGAUAUAAAAGCUCGGCACAGGAAAAGUCGAUACUUCGGAAAUAUAAGCCUCGAGUCAUCUAUCCUUUUCACGGAACGUAAAUGAAGCGUGUACGCGUAAUCACGUGGCGGUCGCUUGUAAUCACGUAGGCGGCAAAUGAUUACACGUUGUAGUAACCAUUCGAGCAAGUCGAGGUCAAGACGAGGUCCUAUUGGACUUACGCACGGCACCAACUCAUUUCUGUGUCUCCACCGAUAUUACUAUACAUACACAUACGCCGACUGUUCGUGCUACCCAUCGAAUCGAUGAUCGUCAUCUUUCAUCGGUAUCACGCGAUACAUAUUUUCCCACUUCAAUCCACAUUUGCGAGUUUGCGAUUAUCGUUUCGGUUAUUUUUUUGAAGGCUUAGCUUUCCGCGGAAUUGGGACAGGCGGAUCGUUCGUUAAAGAUCGCGAGGUCUUUCUUACGAAUAAUUUAUCGCAACGACAUGAAAUUAAGAAACGUCAUUAGCCGCCCGCGGUAUUUGCUACUUUAUUGCUCGACAAAAGAAAGCACAGUAGGUCUAUCUAGUUCCAAGUAUAGAUUGGCAAUUAUCUUCGCAUCAUAGGUUGACAUAUGAAAAGGAAAAUUGUUAUUCAUUUCAUUUAAUGUGAGGUAUCUGCAUAUGAUACGCAUAAUUCUUGUGAUCUUAUCUGCGAGGAAGGAUUUGCACUUAUCUUUUUUAACGUAUAUCAUACUGAUAGUACUAUUUGAUUAGAGAUAACGCGAUCUAGUACUUCGGAUGAGUACAUUUUGUAUUGCUUUGUUUCUGCAACUUUUUUCGUAGAUUUGACAACCAUUAAUUCAUCAAUCCAUAUCUCGUGAAUGUCACGCGAAGGCGGCUCUGAUCUCGGAGGAUCUCAGGUGCAUUCUUUCACUUCUGCGUCUCCCUGUAUUUAAUCCGCGUUCUAUCUAUUCAGUUUUGGCUAGCACACCAAUAACGGAUGACAUCACUCACUCAAACCUAUCGCUAGCUUAAUUUGUUGGCGCAUCAGCGAUUACGUUUUCGAUCAAGUUCCAUCGCCGAUCGCUCGCAACCUCAUGUAUAUCAUGCGAAAAAAGAAUUAUGUAUAUCACACAAAUUAUGCAUAUCAUCGCUUAUCUUUCAUACCACAUUAUCGGUUAAGCGUGAUCGGCAAGCGAAUUGUAUCAUAAGACUCUGAGCAAAACAUUCAGAUAAUAAUAUAUCAUAUAGUCUAAUGAUAAGUCCUUGCGGAAAUUACGAACUUCCGCAACACGGUUACGUUAUUAUCCAUAGAUUUAAUGAAUUGAAUUAUUUCAAUAUAAAAGAGACCGUAUAAUCUUAAUGUCAGAAUCAGGAAAUAUAAAAAAUAUUUUAAGAUUAUACAUCUUAUAUGUCGUAAAAAUCGUCGUAAAAAAAUCAAAACUGGAAUAUAAUAUUAAUUGGA